AUGCCUUUGGUAAAAUCGAUUGAACUCACCGACGACCAGGAGAAGAAGCUCGAGCAGCUUAUCCAGGCGAUUCCUAAUUUGGUUUCCAAAACCGAGGAUCCAUCUUAUGAUGAGAUAUACGGCUACAGAAUCGCCGCAGACGAGGAGGAGCACGUUGAUGUCGAGAACAGAAACGAGAUUUUGCUCAAGUUCUUGAUUGCCAGGGAAUACGACCUUGCCAAGGCCCAGGAAAUGUUGGUCAACACGCUCAAUUGGAGAAGAAAGUUCCAGGUUCUCAGCGCCGCUUACAACGAGAAGUUUGACGAGAGCUUGGAGAAGAUGGGUGUGAUUACCGACUACAAGGACAAUAAGGACAACUUCUCCGUUGUCACGUGGAACUUGUACGCCAACUUGAAGAACCCCAAGAAGUUGUUUGCCAAGUUCGGCGUUGGUGUCGAUAACCCCGAUAAGACUGACCUUCCAGGCACCAUGUUCUUGAGAUGGAGAGUGGGCAUUAUGGAGAGGUCUUUGGCUCUUUUGAACUUUGGCGAUGCCGACAAGUGCAAGAUUGCCCAGGUUCACGAUUACAACAACGUUUCGAUGUUCAGAAUGGACCCUGGCAUGAAGGCUGCCACCAAGGAGAUCAUCACCAUUUUUAGCGACAACUACCCUGAGCUUCUUUCGAAGAAGUACUUCAUCAACGUGCCAUACAUCAUGGGCUGGGUGUUCUCCUUCUUCAAGGCCACUGGUUUCAUGAGUGCGGCUACUUUGAAGAAGUUCGAGAUGCUCAACCACGGUGACUUGUCGCUGGCUUUCGGUAAGGAGAACUUGCCCAAGGACUACAACGGCGGUCAGGCCAACGAGAAGAUUCCUGACAUUUUCGCUCUGCAAGUUGAGGAUGCCUCGAUCAAGAUCCCCGAAUAUGGUGCGAUCCUUUUGGAGAGAUUGAAGAAGAAGCAGGAGGAGGAGAGAGCCGCAAAGGAGGAUGACAAGAAGGAGGAGGCUAAAGCCGAGGAGGAGACCGCCGCUGCUGAUGCUGUUACUGAGGCUGAGGGUGAGAACAAGGAAGCCACCACCAAGGAGACCACCUCCGCCUAA